UUCUCUACAGCUGCACAGAGGACUAUUCGUCAUCUCGCAUCCAAACAUGAAUAUCAUCAAUCAAAAAAAACUUUUCUUCAUCUCUCAUCAUAUUCCAUCGUACAUCCGACUGGCUGAAAUUAAAUCUGAUUUCUUUCCAUCAUCUUCACCACACCUAUACUAUAUACAAGAGAGUGAGAAAGAGAGAGAGAGAGACCAAGUCUGAAAGGAUCAAUGAAUGCGUGAUUCACUCCCAAGAUAUCAACGGCACCGAGCAUUUGCAUAUUUUAAUAGCGACAUAGAGCCCUAGCUUUUCCACAUACACACACAUAUAUAUAUACAUAUAUAUAUUCGCAUUGUCCAAAAAAGAGCGGUCCAGUGCGAAUGGAAAUCUCAAUUGUUUCCAGGACAGCGAAAUAGUUUAUGAUUUAAUAAUAACUUAUUGAAGACUGGUAAUGAAAAAAAACAGGGAUUUUCGAAAGUUAUGCAAAAAGUAACAAUUCAAUCAUUUUCCUGAUUAUUGAUGCGAAAAAAGAAGUCCAACGUGAGAUUCAUCAAAUGUAAGUCUCGUGACCAAGGAUUUAGUAGGCUGAAGAGAAGCAAGGGUGGCGGCGCUUGGGAAGUGUCGCGCGGUGGUACGCGCGGAGGUAGAAGAAAAAAGUCGGUGUCGAGCGUGCGUGCGUGCGCGCUCGCGCGCUCGAGCGUGACUACGUAGGUCGAGUGCGCGCUGCCCGCCGUGCCGGUAGCAGCGUGCCUGGUGCUCUGGUGUUCGUGGGUUACGUGAUAUUUUUUUUUGUGGAUCUUCACGGAUCCCUUUUAUAAAAGGCGGGGGUGGCGUUUGUGAAGGCAACCUGUAGCAAGAUGGGCUGUGCCAUGUCCGCGGAAGAGCGGGCCGCUCUGGCCCGUAGCAAGCAAAUCGAGAAAAAUCUCAAGGAGGAUGGCAUUCAAGCUGCCAAGGACAUUAAGCUCCUGCUACUUGGAGCUGGAGAGUCUGGGAAAAGUACAAUCGUGAAACAGAUGAAAAUCAUUCACGAGAGUGGGUUUACACCGGAAGAUUUUAAACAAUACAGGCCAGUCGUUUAUAGCAACACAAUACAAUCUUUAGUAGCAAUUCUUAGAGCAAUGCCCAAUUUGGGAAUCGGUUUCUCGACUAAUGAAAGAGAAACGGACGCAAAAAUGGUGUUCGACGUUAUUCAACGGAUGGAGGACACGGAACCUUUUAGCGAAGAAUUGUUGGCAGCUAUGAAGAGGCUUUGGGCGGACAAUGGUGUACAGGAAUGCUUUGGCAGGAGCAACGAGUAUCAAUUGAACGAUUCCGCGAAAUACUUCCUCGACGAUUUGGAUCGAUUAGGAGCGAGGGAGUAUCAACCUACGGAACAAGAUAUACUUAGAACCCGAGUGAAAACGACUGGAAUCGUCGAAGUUCACUUUUCCUUCAAAAACCUUAACUUUAAAUUGUUUGACGUCGGUGGACAGAGGAGUGAACGUAAGAAAUGGAUACAUUGCUUCGAGGACGUGACUGCGAUUAUUUUCUGUGUUGCGAUGUCAGAAUACGAUCAAGUCCUUCACGAGGACGAAACUACGAAUCGAAUGCAAGAAAGUCUGAAGCUUUUCGACUCAAUCUGCAACAACAAAUGGUUCACAGACACGUCAAUCAUCCUCUUUUUGAAUAAAAAGGAUCUUUUCGACGAAAAGAUUCGCAAAUCUCCUCUCACCAUUUGCUUCCCCGAAUACGCUGGCGCACAGGAGUAUGGCGAAGCCGCAGCCUACAUCCAGGCGCAGUUCGAGGCGAAGAACAAAUCGACUUCGAAGGAGAUUUACUGCCAUAUGACAUGCGCCACCGACACAAAUAACAUUCAAUUCGUGUUCGACGCAGUCACAGACGUGAUUAUCGCGAACAAUUUGCGUGGCUGCGGUCUUUAUUAGGUUAAUUCUAUAUACACAAAUAUCAAGCGCGAACACGAAACAAGGAGAUAUGAAGCUGCCGGACGAGUUAUGAUAAAGAAGACGACGACGACGACGACGUUUUCUCCGAGUCGAAAGCCUGUUCCCAAUUUUCACAUUCUUAUUUCAGAUUCAAAUUUCCAAAAGAAAAAAAAAAAGAAGAAGAAGAAGAGAAAAAUCUUCUCACCACUCGAGGAUGUCAAAAAAAAAAGAAAAUUUAUUUACCAUCAAGAAGAAUAAAAAAAAAAAUACGGAAUCAUGCCAGAGGACAGGAGCCACUGGCACGAGGUGAUACUUCGAAACGCUUAAAAAAAAAAAAAAUAAUAAAACACUGAUCCCAUCUUUUACUACUCAACGAUCUCUCGGAAUGAUUUUUUUGACAAAAAAUGCUUUUUUCAAUUAUUCGCCAGGAAUUUAAAAAAUACGCACCUGAAAUCAAUGUUCAAUUAAUAUUAUGAAAAUUAAAUUUUCAAGGAAUUUUCAAUAACGAAUUCAAAAAAAAAAGAAAUUAUUGUCCUAAUUAUUGUGAAUUAACGGAAAAAGAAAAAUUUACAUUACGAAAUCGAUGUUUAGAGAAAUAAUAAAAAAGUAGAAAAUUUGGCAAAGAAUUUAAAAAAAAGGUAUAAAUACUUUAAAAAAACUGAUUCAGUGAAAAAAUUACGUGUAGUGAAAAAUUAAAUAUAAAUUUAAAAAAGUAUUUACAAUUGAAAAGAAAAUGAAAAUUGAAUGGAAUAUUGAAGAAAAAAUUGUCGAAGAAGAAAAGAAAGAAAAGAAGAAAAAGAAAGAAAUUAAUUUUUAAAAUUUAAAUAAUAAAUAAUUAAUAAAUAAGAAAAUUAGAAUAAAACAUUUCCAAAAAAAAGAAUUCACAAUAAUUUUAGAAAAGAAAAAAUAAUUGGAACAAAUUAUAAACAAUUCAAGAAAAUUCCAAAAAAUGAAGAAAUGCAAAAGAAAUUUUUUUUUUUUUUUUUGAAAAAGGAAAUCAAAAUAAAAAAUUCGAAAAAGUGAAUUAAAAGUAAUGAAUUUAAAUUAAAAAAGAAAAUUAUAAUUGAUGGAAAAAAAAUUAGAAGUAAAAAACAUAAAUUAGUCUUAAAUGAGAAUAAAUAAUGAAGAAAAUGAAGAAAGAAUGAAAGAGAAAUAAAAUUCUCCUCUCACGAACGAUUAGUUUGACAAAAACAUCCUAUUAAGAGGUGAAACGAGAUUUACAUUUUUUUAAAACAAAAACAAAAAAAAAUAAAUAUGAAAAAAGACACACCUCGUAAAACUAACAUUUGUGAGAGGCAUGAGAGAAUUUUUUUUUAAUCCAUUCCGAGGCAAAGAUGAGUGGAGAAUUUUUUUGAUAAAAAUGAUGGAUCAGGGUUCGCCAUCGGCAGCGCAAGUCGAGACUCUGCAAAAAUUUUACACACACACACAUACAUACAAAAAAAACACCUCUGUCUCUCUUCUAAUAAUCGUUCUCAUCACAUUCACAAAUCAGUGGGUGGUCUCAAAAUACGCACCUUUUUUUACUUCUAUUCCGCACAAAAAUAUGGCACAAAAAGCAAAUUUUGAAGAAAAAAAAAACAUUACGACGCAGUGAGUAAAUUACUUUUUUUUUUAUUUUUGAAAAAAUUAAUUUAAAAGAAACCUAUUUUUUAAAUUAAUUUUUUUGUCUUUUUUCUAAGAAAAUUCUCAAAUUAGAAGUAAAUUUUUUUUUUUUGUAAAGUGAUUUUCAUGAAAAAUCAUUUCUAAAUCGAUUAAUUCGAAAAAAAAUUGGUAAAAUUAAUAUUCACAAAAUAAAUGUGAAUUUUUAAUUGAACUUCUUUAAAAAAAAAAACACAAGUUUUUUCAAAAAACAAUUUCUCAUCCCGCACAAGACAAUAUACAUAUUUUUGUUAUAAUAUAUAAUUAUUAAUUAUAAUAUUAUCACGCACACAAGGAAAAGAAAGAAAUAAAGAAAAAAAAAAAAAAAAAAAAAGAGAAAUGAAAAUGCACCCACACGCAGACUCACAAGCGAUUUCCGAUCGCCGGACAUCCCUGAGAUCCUAUUUUUCUAUAUGUUAUUUUUCUCGUUUUAUGAAUGUGUCGACAAUAUUUUAUUUGUCAACACUUCAAAGCAUAAAAGAGGAAAGAAGACUUUUUUGAUGGCAGGUACGAAGAACGAGAUUUUGUGUGAAUGAAUGAAUUUUACCAUUUAAAAGAAAAAAAAAAUGUCUGAGAGAGAAAAAGAAGAAAAAAAAAUUGUACGAAACAAACCGCAAAGCUCACAUGGGACCUCACAUAAUAGACGUACAAUUUUAACAAUUAUAUUCGACAUUUUUAUUACGCACAAUCGUUAACGAUUUUUUAAUUUUAAUUUUUUAUCAGUAAAAAAAGAAUUUUUGGUUUUUGUUCUAAGAAUUUUUUUCCAUAAUUUCUAACUGAGAUAUUUUUAUUAAUUUAAACAUUUUCACAAUAUUUAAUUUCAAAUAUUUUUGUCUCUUUCGAUGCAAAAAUAAAUUUUUCGAAAUGAAUCGCGAGAAAUUCUGUGCAGAGAGAAAAAAAAAGAACAAAAUAAAAAAAAUCUCUCAAUUUUUGUGAAAUGAAUUGAUUCGAAGGAUCGCGAUUAAUUUAGAUAUGAUGAAAAGCCGCAAGUCAUUUUAGCGAACGAACUACGAUAGAAGUAACAAAAAAUAAAAUAAUAAUUUAUAUAAAAAUACAAAGAAAUGAACCAAAUAUUGCGUGCCAAUGUGCACACGAAAUUUAAUUAUAUAGUCAAGGUGACUGCGAAUGCUCGAACACUUCGAUUCCUUGUGGAUUUCGAAAAAAGAGAAAGAAAAAAAAAAAUGAUGAAAACAUAUACAUUGUUCUAAUUUUUCAUCCCACAGGACGAUCGAUUGUGAUGUCGACGCCUUUCAAUUUCUAGUCGACAAAAGUAACGACCGCUUUCAAAUUUUUUUUUUUUCGAAAAAAAACAGGCUGGAUAAAAUGUAUAAAAUUUAAUCUAGAUAGUGACAACUCGACGAUUGAAGAUUACAAUUUCCCUUUUUCUGUAUUAAUAAUUUUUUCUUAAAUUCCGUUUAUAAAAAAUGGAAAAAGAAACUUGUAAUAUUCAUUUGCGAAUCUGUUGAGAGAUAUCAGAACGCUGAGAAUAUAACUUGAGUUGUUAAAAAGAAAAAAAAAAAAAAAACAAAAAUGAAAAAAAAAACUAGCGAGAAUGUGAUUUGGCGUGAAAGGAAUACUCGAGUGAAAGUGAUAGGACGAGAAAAUAUUUCUAAGUCUACGGUUUACUGCGUUAUUACUUAUAAAUAUAAUUAACAAUUAAAUUUUAAGAAGCUAAGUAAUGUUUCUGUGUAUACUUGGCGAAAAAAAAGAGGAAAGAAAAAAAAAUGACAUUUUAAGGGGAAAAAAAAACUGGCAGUGUAAUAUGCGAACUUGAGGAUUUAACCAUGCUAACGUGUGAUUUUGUACGUACUAUUAUAAAAAAAAAAAAACAAAACAAAAGAGUCGUAAGUCCUGCGAUCUUCACCGAGAAAUGUACAUUUUCUACUGCGAUUAAUAUUUCUCUUAAACCGAAAAUAACCAAUUUUUGCACUCAGCACCUCCCUCCCAAAUCCUCUUCAUGUAGAUAGGGUCGUCUUAGUUUACAAAAAAAAAACAACUUUUUAAUAAAACAUAUAUAAUUCCAUGUCUUAAUCGAAUUCCCAACUAGUUUUUUCAUGCAAUCAUAUAUAUAAAUAUAUUCCAAUAAAAUUGUCUUUUCCAGUUUUCCAAAAACCCCUUUUUUCCUUCGAUAUGACUUACGUCCCUUUUGCGAUCUGUAUGAGGUGUGACUCUUUAUCAAUAGUCAUGUUUGUACGUCGAUUUCCUUGCUUUCGAUACCGGUGUCACCGUCGUGAAUCUUAUUUGUAGUUUAAAAAAAAAAAUUUCCUAAACGAUCGUCGCUCACUCUCAAGAGGAAUAUCAUUCCUGAAAAAUUAUUCCUGAUCAUUUUCACGUUAUUCAAUUUUUUUUUUAGGUUAUGUUUCACUAUAGAAAAGAACCAAUUUUAAUAUAUAUAAUCAUACAUUCUCUUGAAUACAAAAUGAUCAUGAAUAAUUUUUCCGAAUGAUAUAAACCCUCUUUUUAUUUGAGAUUUUCUUUACAUUUUCUUCAAAAAUGCUUUUCACUUGAAAAAAUUGCAAAUCCCAAAAUGCAAUAAGAUCCGUAUUCUGAAACAGAGAAAAAAAAUGAAAAUUUUGUUAGAGGUUAUUUUUGUGGAACAUAAUUUGAAAAAUUCAACUUAGACUGCUUCUACAAUAGUUAAAUUACACGCAUUGCCAACUGUUAAAAAAAUUAUUUCACUAUUUUUAUCAAAAUAAAUUUUUUUUAUUUAAUAUUUAAUCAGAUAUAAAUUUUUUGUCAAUGGAUGCACGAAUUUUUGAGGUUAUGUUUUACUAUAUAUAAAUAGAGGCUAAUAACAAAAUCGAAGAAAAUGGGAAAAAUAAGUCAAUUUCAAGUUCUAAGAAUAACGACGACGUAUUUAAGUCUGUUAAUUGUACUACUUUUAUUGUAUUACUACCGUUAGUAUUAUAUUCCCCAUAUUUAAAAAGAUUUAAAUUCUGUUUUCAAUUUUCUUUUUUUUCCCCACUGAUUUUACAAAAUUGUUCUCAAAAAUAUAUUAACAAAAAUAAAAAAAUAGAGGCAAAAUUUUGAAAACAGGAAUUAAAUCUUUUUUUUUUGAGAUGCCAUAUUCUUAUUCCGGUUGCCAUAUUGUUGUAAAAUUAUAACUUAACGCAAAAAAAAAAAUAUAUAAAAAAAAACUCUCGUAGAGUUAUCAUUAUAAAGGGUGAAAAAAAAGCUAAGGUCUAAGUAUACAAAUUGCUACACCUAAGUCGUACCUAAGUACCUAUAUCGUGUCUCUAGUCACAUAGUCGAAGGAUGAAAAAAAAAAAAAAUAAUGAUGAUGAAAGGGAGCGUAACGCACGUUUGUACAACUUCAAAACCCUCCCGUUGCAGGGACCCGUUCGCGCUUAUUUUUUAAGUUUAAAAAAAAAACGUGGCAACGAGACAAUGCUGCUUGCAUUUUCGAUUUAAAAUGCGAACAACGCAUCUAAUGUGCAGAAAAAAAAAAAUUAAGACCUAGAUCCAUUUCUAUUGUUCACAUGGAUUUUCACAUUUUUAUGUCUAACGGUGACUUUUUUCAAACUUCUGUUUCUAUUUUAGUUUCUUUUUUUUAAAGAGCCAACGAACGAGAUGAGAUAGAAAAGGACAGAGUAUGUCUGUCCUUUUCUAACUCAUGUUUCAAGUUUGCCAGUUUAUUGUGCAUUGGCCUUAACUCAGAGCUGAAAAAGAGGAAUGAACCGGAACGGGAAUAAAAGGGAGAUAGAAAAGACAACUAUCCUUUUCUAUCUCACACUUUCUUUUCUUGUUCUGGAAAUGGAAUAGAAUUUUUUGGAAUUAAUUAACAUUAAAUUACUUUAAAUUGGCGAUACUAAAAACUAACCUAAAAAAAAAAUUCCCUUAGUUAAAAAAAAAGUACAACUAAUGGAUUAUUAAUCAGAAGUUUGAAAAUUAGUGAAACCGAAGAGAAAAAAAAAGAACGAAAACCAAAAUCGUGACGACUCUUUCGAGUUGAUUUGACUUUUACAAUAUUUAGAAAAAUCGUUAAUCUAAAGAGAAGCAUAAUCGCUUUCUCAAAAAGCGCGUAAGCGUUAAGAAAAACAAAACCAAAAAAAAAAAAAAGUUAUAAGACCUGCUGGUGGGCAGCUUUUAAAAAAAAAAAAGUCGGUAAUGAUUUUUUCGAAAAAACGAAAAUUCACUGUCGGUAGCUCAUGAAAAGGUUCAAAAAUAAAUUUAAAAAAAAAACAAAUUGUUUUAUCCCUUUUCGAGUUACCGGCUCCGACGAUAAUAAUUUAAAAAAAAAAAAAAAGAUAGGAAAUGAAGAGGGUUAUAAGAAAAAUAAUUUUAAAAAAAUGGCGACCAAAGUGUUCGUGAAGAAGGAACAAAAAAAAGAAAAUUCCUACCGAACAAAUAUUCGCUAAUACACUGCAUUGUAAUGUACUUUCUAUCAUUAUGUCAAAAUUCACGAACAAGUAAACAAGGGGAAAUUAAUUAUAGCGUUGUAUCGUAAUAUAUAAUGAUUAAUGGUAAUGUAAUAAUUAUAAUAUCGAUAACGAUAAAGAAACAAAAAAAUAAAUAAAUAAAAAUAAAUAAUAACAUUCAAUUGAUAACUAAUAAUCAAGAACGCACGUUAUUUCAUUUUUUGUGAAAGAGGUGUUCUAUAAGAUUUCAGGAGAGCUGAGAACGCGAGUGGGGACAUAAAAAAAAAAAAUAAUAAUAAUACCACCAAGAGAAAUCUCAUUAUAUAAAAUUAUUAUGUAAUAAUUGUCCAUACAUCUUAAAAUGUCGAAAUAAACCUAACAUUAAAACGA